AUGUCGUCUUCUUAUCGGAAGCACAUGCCGCGUCCGGCACGCCUCCUCUUCAGCGUCCUGCUCAUAUACGGCUUCUUCUGGAUCAAGGGAUGGCCUCGCACAUACGACGACGAAGAACUCCCUCCGAGCAAGCGGCCGCAGCAAGAAUCGAAUCUCGGCCCAUAUCUAGUCGACCAUGACCAGCUCGUCGUCGCCGUUACCACGACCGCGAACAACGUGUACAGCAAAGUCGCACCCCUCAUCCUCAACACUGACGAGCGAGACCAUGGCACGUUCCUGCUCUUCUCAGACCUACAAACGGAGAUUGGGAGGUGGCCGGUAUUCGACGUCAUCUGGCGGUACGGAUCCGAAUUCAUAAAGAAGACGGAGCAGCUGGAGAGAUACCGUGCUCAGGUCGACUUCGCGCGGAGGAGCAUACCCCUGACCAACUUGAAGAAGCCGGACCCGGAGGAAGAAAGGAGAGACAUGGAAAUACUGCACAAGUACAAGAUCCUGGAGACUAUGGCAUCCGCGUGGGAGUACCGACCAGACCGCAGCUGGUACGUCUUCGCUGGCGACGAGACAUACGUCAACAGACCAAACCUGCUCGACUGGCUGAGCCAACACGACCCAGAUGCAAUGCAUUUCUUCGGAAACCCGCCAGCGCCUGCAACGGCGCUUGUUCCCGACCCUUUCGCUGCCGGCGGCACAUCCUUUAUUCUCUCGCGGCAGGUCAUGCUGGAGUUAUUCAAGAACCGCAAAGAUUUCAUCCAAAUGCGGCGGGAGCACAUCUCAGAACAUACAACAGCAUUCGAUCUCGUUUCCAGCGCUCUGCAGGCCGAACUCAAGCUUGAGUUUACUGUUGUUUGGCCAGGUAUCUCUGGCUUCGAUCCGAGCACCGUGCCAUUCUCGCCUGCUAUAUGGUGCGAGCCCGUCUUGAUGAUGCACCACAUCACCCCAGACCUCGGCAUCGAUCUGCUCAGACUUGAGAAGGACCGACCUUCUGACCAACCCACCCUACGCUUCGCUGACCUUUGGUACCGCUUCAUGACCCCAGAGGACCUGAACUACACGCGUGAUGACUGGGACAACCUAUCCUCCGAAUCGUCCAACGGACGGUGGAACAUACUUUUUGAAGGCCAACAACCCGAUGCCGACCGGGCUCAGAAUGGGGAAGAGUCGCCAGAAGCAUGCCAGGCGUCCUGCGACAACAGCAAAUACUGCGUCCAGUGGUCCUACUCGUCGAUACUCCAGUAUAACUGGAACGACAAUCCACCGACCAAGUGCCAUCUUAGCAGCAGUAUACGCUUCGGAACGCACAAAGGUCCACAGAAGCUGAAUAUCGACGGGGAAAUCAGCACGCUCACUUGGAAGAGUGGAUGGAAAAAGGACAAAUUCAAGAAAUGGGCGAAGCAGCAACGGUGUAAGGAGCAGCAUCAGUAG